AUGCCUGGAGGAGUUCCUAGUAUUGAUGCACUGAUAUUGUACUAUGCGCUCGUGGCUCAUGAGAUAGCGACUGAUCGAGAAGACUCGUCGUUGCCAAAACCAACUGAUUGCGAGUCGCCUGACUCCCAACCCAUGCUAAAGGAGGGACAAUCUUUGAUGGAAUCUGAAAGAGAGAUCAGAUUCUUAGGCAUGAGCAUACGACACAUGUCGACCUGGUCUUGCGAGACAGGAAAUGACUCCAACAGCCCCACCUACAGCUUCCCAGCUGUCACUGAUUUCUUUGCUCCCUUAGUGACUACAAAAGGCUCUGAGGACGAGAAGGAUAUGUGGCUGCAUGGACAGCAACAAUCAGGGCUUUUACACUUUGAGCUUCCGACAAGUGCAUCAAGGAUUGCCAACUAUUGCAGCCUGUAUACAGAAAUCUUCAAAAUCUAUUACUGCUUCAGCUUUAGAUGCCGGACGAAGGCAUGUGAAGACUAA